GUACGCAUUAAAACGCCUUUUCUGCCAGUCGGAGGCCUCUAUACGUGCAAGGCUGUGCGACUCCGUUUGCAAGUAUCGCCGCAAAGCAUGCUGGUCUGGGACAACGCGAGAGGAUGUGACGCCAACGGUCCAGAUGGGGCCGGGCUUUUGCAAGAAGAGGUGGCACGCAAAGUAAGCGAGUCGUUCGCACCGCAGUGGGUUGAUUCGACAUUGACUCUAGUGCAUAAAGUCGGAAACAGCAAGAAGUCCUUCAUGGUUGGGAACCAUUUCAACGGCAUUGGGCAUCCACUGAACGAGAAGCCAGCGGCAGACACACUCUUGCGUGUCGGAGUCCAGUCCGACUUCUUGAUGUCGGGUCUCGUACUCGGCGUCUGGACGACACCGGGGAAGCAAGCGCGCGUAGGCAUACCAAUAGCUUCACCGAUCGACAGCGAUCAAGGCUUCAUGGAGCUUCUCAGUUGCGAGACCUGUAUGGUUCAGAUCAUCUACGUGCCCUUCCAGAACGUUCAAACCGAGAAGAAAUACUGCGCAAAAUAUUGUACUAACUUGUUACAUGAACUUCAACUUGAACUUUCCGCGCUAGCGCUUUUUUGUAGCUUUUUGUGUAGCUUCUCGUCGAUGAUCAUCAUGAGCAUCAUGAAAUUAAUGCGUGCGCAGCAGCGUGGUGAAUAUUUGCGAAGAACGUAGACCAAGAGUUUCUAAGUGUAAAUCUAGUAACUAAAGUGAUUCUCGCCAACAUUGUCAACAGCCUUGGACAUUGCUAACGUGGCACUUUCGGCUCCGCAGUGCAACCUGCUGGCACCAGAACUGCCGGUGGACGUAACGUACACCACUGGUGGCGGUCCAGCAUUCCUCGACGGGGAUUUCUACAUCGGCGGGAGUGGGCGAGAUCCAGUAGAGGCUAUCAUCAACGUUCCCGCUGGACAUAUGGAUCACGGCAUUUUGGUCGCACAUGGUGUCGCGGACGGGCAUCGGGUAACCUUUGAGCGCUCUUUGCCAGAUGGCUCGUUCGCGGAUGAAAAAGGUUCUGAUGAAGAUUCAGUCACUAGUGCUCCAUUCACGGGAGGUAUCGGGAAAUUGUUGACAGGGGGAAGAGAGGUCGUCUCGUCUAGUGCCGCAAGUCGAGACAGACAGGCAGAAAGAGAACAGCUGUUUUCCUUGUGGUCGCAGAGUGGUGGCGGCCGAUUGAGGAUUCGCUUACGUCCUGAAGUUGCGAGUCUCUCCGCGAACUGUUUGAACCUAAAUUUGCAUGUUUUCGCGGCAAAGUUGGAGAUGUUACCAAUAUGUCCUUGGCGCGACGUGACGAUCGGGAGUGCAGCGGGAAAAACGAUGGCCAGUCUGAUGAGUGCGAUGAACGGGCAGGCCAGCAAUACGCCACCGCCGACGAAAGGAACCGAAAUGAACAAAUUUUCAUUGGGCAUUCAACAGGCCUUGGCGCAGAUCCGGCCUUUGUCAGAGGGAAUCCCAGUUGACAUCUCGCACCUAAAUGCGCCUGAGUUGGCGGGCGAACAAUUGGACGGCAGCACGGCAAACAGUCACAUUCUUCGGCAUAUCAUUCGCGCCAGCCUUUCGAUCGACCUAGUCGCUGGUUUUGCGCAGGAAGACAUGCUUCGCGAGACCUUUAGCGUGAAAAAUCCGCAAGGCUUGCGCCUCCGGCUAGAGUUGAGCCUCGACCCACCAAUUGUUCCUGUGGAAAUGGUACAACGAAAACGAUACUCGACUUUCUGUUUUCUAGUAAUUGUUUCGAGGGAGAGUAGUGCUCGUUGGAGGCGCAGUCAGAGGACAUUACUCAACACCAUAAACCAGCUUAGUUCUAGUAGUAUUUUUGACAUUGCAGGAGUCCUUCUCCUCAACCUCAUCAUAGUGGUGAUGCCGAAAUUGCAUCGUCGAUUAACCUUUCUAUCAGAUCAUCGAAGACGAAAACGGGCAGGAAUUUGAUCGCGCCAAGCGCAUACGUGGAAGGCGACUUCUCUUUACGGACGAGGCGCUUCCUGAGGGCACUUACUACUUCGUGCUGCGAACACCGACUGUGCCACAGAUCCUGAGAAAACCACCUGACGGCUUUGGCGAUGUCGUCGUUAGUGGAGCUUACUGUUUAGACGCGGCAUUGACGGUUGUGGCAGAGCCCGGAGGACCUCUCGACGCAUGGCGCCAAGAAGUCGCAGCAUAUCCUGAACUCUUUGCUAUCGAGAAACUAGAGGGGUACCGGGUGCACGCUGAUCGUUACAAGGAAAUGGUACUGAAAGUGUUAAUAGUACCUGUACCUCUAUUGAUGAACUUGAAUUAUAUGAACUAAUAUAGUUCAUCAAAAUUUAUAUUUUCUUCAAUCGUCCUUUCUUCAGUUUCACUUUCUCUGCGUGGUAGGUGGUUUAAAGUACUGCCAAAUCCAACGCGCGAAGAGCAAAACAUUUAGCUUGCUUGCAUUGCUCAUUUUCACUAGAAACAUUUUCUUCAGACAUUUUCGGUGCCACUGCAUGUGAAGCAUACGGGGAGUACCCUGACGAUCACCAAGUCGUUUGCGCGGUCUAUUCGUUUACAGAGCGAGCCUAUAAAUUUGAAAUUCGGAAAACUGAUGAUUAUGAGCCCGGACACGAACGCAGUGCAAGAGUUCAUGCCGCACGUUUUUCUGCACUUAAAAGACAAUAGCGACACGAAGUUGAAGAUAUUUUUCGACUGCUCUCCUAGCGAGACGGCUGCAGCCUGUAUGGAGCAGCCUUUUCUGCUCACGAUAGGCAUCGCAGCCGGACAUGAGGACGACAACGUUGAACCGUAUGCGUGCCCGUCGUCGCUUGCGGUAAUGAAUCUGUGGCAACCACUGAUGGCACAGCAGUGGGCACAACUUAUCGGAAAUAGCAGACGAGGGAGGUCAUCGUCGGCUCCACCUCCUUAUAAUGUUGCGGGCGGUUCAUCAAUCGGGGUAACGAGCGAUGCGUCAAAUGAUGCUGCCGAUAGCCUAAUCAUGUCUUGCGUGAGCUCCUCCAUCUUCGAUAGCAAGGACGCACUGGUCGACUCGGAACGCGAGCAUUUCGCACAAGCGUGGGACAUCGAAGUUGCAGGACCGUCAGUCGUCAAACUGUCGUUCUGGGCGAGGAAUUUUGCGCGCUACGCGACGAAAUUGGGUUUAGUGACUCUUGAAGGCGUUUGGAUGGCGGAGGCACACGGGAGCAACGCAAAUCUCAAUCUGGAGUUGCCAGGUCCGGCGCAGUACAAAGUUCGACUGACAUUGUCUGAGGCACCGAGGAAUCUGCCAGCUGACGUUGAGGCUUCGACAGCGUCAUUAGCGAGUCUCUCGUCGACAAGUGCCGGUCAGAUGCUUGGACACAUGGAGAUCCGAAUCGUGCCCUUGGGAGACGAACUACGGCUAGCAGCCCUUGCAGCACCACUAGGGGGAGCAAACGCGGCCGAUCCGUUUCGGAAUAGCAACGUCAUGCCCCCAUCGCAAACCGGACAGGCACUAGUGGCUUCUAGCGCCAGCAAAGAGGCGGGAGCCAAUGUGGGUGUGAUGCCAUUGAUUGACGUGUCCGCGGCACGUGAUCUGCACCCUCGAUCCAAAUGCCAUUUCCAAGCAGCAACACUGCUGCCGAUGGACUUUUUCUCAUCCCAUGGCGGCUCUGCGCCCCUGCAUGGUCCUCUGCGAGCAGAGCACUUCCCUUCGCCCCCGCUUUUUCACGCGGAUGUGUUGUUGACCGACCUGCAUGACGGGAGAAAGAAAGUGUUUGUGCAACUACCAGACUCGUUGCAAACGGGCCAAUGGUUUUCACCACAGUCAGGUAUGUCAGAUGGAGGAGGACUGGCCAAAGUUGAAGCGUACUCGUUCCAGCUGAAACUAGGAGGCGACUUUCAAGACGGUGCGGAGGUCGGCUUUCGUGUGGAAUCAAAUGGAAUUCCGCUAGUGCCGCUGUGGAGCAGCAGGGACAGCAAAGUGUAUGAAGGAUUGCAGCCGAAGCAAAAACUCUGGCUAGCGUUUCACCGAAUACACCGUGUGCGCGGUCUCUCAGCAUGUCGGAGGUUUCACUUUUUCUUGGCGCUGAGUGCAGUCUCUACAUCUUCAUCUUCGUCAUUAGCUGCAGAGGCACCAAAACCCGGAGGAGGGCUGCUAUUGAGUGCUGUGCAGAGCGCUCCCGCGGCUUGCCCUGUGGGCUCAAGGGGUGCUGCGCUACUGGAGAAAGCGACGACAAGAAUAAAUGGAGCAGAGCAGAUUGGCGAUAGUGUGUUCUCAUCUUUGCCGGAACACAAGGAGGGCGCGGCCUUGCUGCCUUCCACGGCUUUGGCUGAAGCCCUCUUUGACUCGAAUGGCAGAACACCUGAAGCUGUACUAAUGCGUGACACCGAGCGGAGAAAACUGCAAAGCGACUUUCCGACGAAAGUUCCGUGGCGAGAUCUGGAGGGGAAGGUGAUAACGCUUUCAGGUACAACAGCAGUGCGACGUUUGAAGCUGGAGUUUUCGGAACAGGAUCUUGCUCGGUGGCGCAGCAUCGCGGAGCAGCAAAUAGCUACUAGCUCCUCCUCAUCCUCCAGUAGCGGCUUGUUGAGGUCAUCGUCUGAAACCUCUAGAGGAAAAAAAAUUUACGUUCAACUGCGCAUUGUGCAUAGCUAUUUGAGCGGUUCGCCGAGUCUUGAGGCAGGAUUGGGAAGCACGGCAAGGUGGGCAGUGCAGGAGAGCGACGACAGCAUACCAGGUCUUGACAUGGCUCGUGUCCUAGUCGUGGAGCUAGACGAGGUCUUGCGACUUUCUUGGUUUUUUUGGUGGGAGUCAAACUUCCCUGAUGAGUGUGGAGUCUUCUCUUUCCAAGCACGGUUGCUGUUUGCCACAGGAUCGCCUACAUCAUCCCCUGGAGGUUUACAGCAGCAGAUUCCAGCAUCUUCGUCCUCUGCAGGAACAGUGAUGAGCCCCGGCAUGGUCAGUAGAGAGACGAGGUCGCCCCCAACUAUAGCAGUAGGGGCGGGCGUUGCCUCGUCGACUCCGGAAACCAACGCGGCACCUCUAAACAAGGUGAAUCUGAACAUAGUUUUCCCUUUGAGUCGAGUAGUCCGCGCUAACGCAGUAAAGACGGAGUACUCAGUCCUUGCUGUGGGCCGUCCGCAAGUGGUCCAGCCAAAGCCACAUUUGGUCGAAAAUCCAGUUGGUGACUUCCACAUAGUGACUUGGAGGCGCGAACCAUCGGAGCGCAUGCAAGAUUUUCGAAUCUAUCUCGACGGCGACGAGGUCAUUUGGAAACAACGUAUGGAUUCACUAGUCCCCGGACUGGAAACAAGCUCCGGCUCAGUUGUUGGCGGACUCUCAAGUGUAAUCGCCACAGCAAGCCCGGACAUGACGGCACGGCGCAACCUACUGUUAAGGCCAUUUUGGUGAAGCUUAGCAUAAACAUAUUUUAGAUAGAUGGAGAGGCAGAGUACGAACAGAAUAUGAAGAAGAUCCAGAUAGUACUAGUAAGUAGACCUUCAUCUUUAUCAUUUUUGAAGUUUGAAGACCUCAUUUUCAGGUGAUUCUAUUUCUAGUUCUAAUUCUGACCUACACUUAGUCUUAGAUAGUUCAACUUCAAGUUAGUACGGGGUUAGUACAGUUGGGCAUCAUUUCAUUCUAGUUCUAAUUCUGACAACAUCAACGCCAUCUGCGAGCACGACUGCAAGCGCCGCUGCAGAUGGAGCGGGUCCGCGUGGCAAACAGGAGCACAGCCUUCUUGGUAAAGCAGGACGAGAGUACUACGACCGAGGGAGUAUUCCCAGUGCGUUUGACGGCUUACGCCAGAUCGCUGUUUUUUUGGUCAUUCUUGUCGUUUUCUACAUGGUUCUGAAGAUAUACGUUGACACGCAGCGAGUCCAGAAGGCUAUUGGCAGUGACGACGAAGACAGCAAUUCUGUCGAGAUGACGCAUUGGGCCAGCGCGCUGCCAGGGCCAGCAGGUUACCUAGUCGCAUCGCUGUCAUCUCCCAGAGGUACUCGCAGCACGACCGCCCGACCACGUGGUGGAAAGCCGCUCACGCUGUUAGAGCGUGGGGACGGAAUACACGCGUACACUUCGUACACAGGUGAUGCUACGACACCAGGAACCCGACACCAGGACGACAUUCCGAGCCGCGGUCUUACCAAUGACCUUGUAGAAAGUGUAGGAGGUGGAGGGGGGACAAGAAGAAUAGGCUCAUCUUCCUGCUCAACUAGUGCAAAAAAUUCAGAAAUACUGCAUCUUACAUCUGAGGACUUAGUGCACUUUGCCGGAGGCAAAGGGGGAUCUGACGGAGCAAGUUCUACUAGGAGGGACGACGGUUAUACACCUAGCCGAGCUCCUGGAGCUCAAUCAAGUUCAUCAAGCAGUAUGGCAAAUAACUACGGAACAACGAAUGCGAGAAGCUACAAUUCGUCGAGGAGUGAAUAUCGAGAGCAGGACGCAAUGAGUCAAUUUCUCGGCGAGCAGUAUUCAUCUUCUUCAAGACCACGAUCACAGUCGAUUGAUGACCCAUUAGCACCAACAACGGCCGCCUUGAGUCCUGGUGGUGGUGGACAUGCUCGCAGAGAAACGAUCUCCCCAACGCUGUCCGAUGACUUUGAUUUCAUGCAGUUGCCACCACCUCCUGCGCCUUUAUCACUACUGCCGUCACCAUCCUCGGUCGGACAUCCAAUAUUGAGUGGUCCUGGCGGUGGCGGUGCUGCUGCUUGAGAACAUGUUAGCUCGCAUAAUUUCAUCCCAAUUUUGAGUCCGUCAGCUACAGCAGUGGAUCCUGGUUUGUUUCCUUUCAUGUUCCCCUCAACAAGUACCGCAUUCUCAACGCCUGAGGUUGGUACUAUGCCGGGGGCAGCUCGACCACGCGCGGCGAUUAAUAACCUUGAGAAUUCAGUUGGUUGACGAGUUGUAAUGGGAUACCCUUACCGCAGCAGGCGAGCAAAAGGACUUUGUAGUACUAGAGCCUAGAGGUAUUCGUU